GAUCCUCUUGCUUGGCUUCGUGAUAGCGUUCCAGGGGAGCCUGAAGUUGAUUAUCCUAUCUUUAAUCAAGCUCCAGAAACAUCUUUCAGCUGUGAUGGAAGAGCUGAUGGUAUGUACUCAGAUACUGAAGCUAGAUGUCAAGCCUGGCAUCAAUGUUUUGGAGAUAGAAGGUGGACUUUUCUGUGUCCAAACGGCACUAUUUUUAAUCAGGAAUUAUUCACCUGUGUCUGGUGGUUUGAUUUUGACUGCAGUACAGCUGAAGGAUUCUAUAAUCUUAACGACGACCUUUAUAAAUCUGUUCCCGCCAAUACUCAGGGACAAGCAGGACAAGGACAGGGAGGCCAAGGAGGACAAGGACAGGGAGGACAGGGAGGUCAAGGAGGACAAGGAGGUAAAGGAGGAGAAGGACAGGGAGGUCAGGGAGGUCAAGGGGGACAAGUACAGGGAGGACAAGGAGGUCAAGGACAAAGAGGAUUUGGUGGACAAGGCAGCCAGGGAGGACUGGGAGGCCAAGGCGGUACUGGACAAAGAGGUCAAGGAGGUCAGGGAGGACAGGGAGGCAGUGAACAAAGAGGCCAAGGAGGCCAAGGCGGCAUUGGACAAAAGGGUCAAGGAGGUCAAGGAAACCAGGGAGGCAGUGGACAAAGAGGCCAGGGAGGUCAGGAAGGUCAACCUGGUCCAGGCUCUGAUUUUGCAUUCCCUGGAUACAAUAGCAAUCCUGUUGCACCUUCAGGGGACCCAGCACCUUCUAGGGGAUCAACAGGAGGCGCAGCACCUUCCAGGGGAUCAUCAGGGGGUGCAUCACCUUCCAGGGGAUCAUCAGGGGGUGCAGCACCUUCCAGGGGAUCAACAGGAGGAGGAGCACCUUCUAGGGGAUCAUCAGGGGGCGCAGCACCUUCCAGGGGAUCAUCAGGGGGCGCAGCACCUUCCAGGGGAUCAUCAGGGGGUGCAGCACCUUCUAGGGGAUCUUCAGGGGGUGCAGCUCCUUCCAGGGGAUCAUCAGGGGGUGCAGCACCUUCCAGGGGACCUUCAAGAGGGUCAUCCGGUGGUUCCGUCCCCUCUCGAGGUUCUUCCGGGGGUUCAGCCUCCUCAGGAGGACCCAACACUGCUCCUGGUUAUAAUGGAGGAGCCCCUGCUCCCUCUAGUUUUGCUCCCCUCGGUCCCGCUUUACCUAUUCUAGAUGAUUAUGAGGAUUUGGCUGGAUAUGGUCAAGUUCAAGCAUCUGGGAUUAAACCUGACACUCUUUAUGGAGCCCCAUCUCGUGGAUAGAAUGUUAGCAGAGAAGUUUAUGUGAUGAGAGACCUGUCAGCAUAGUUCAUGUAUUUAUUUAUUUUUUUUAGUUUUAGUCAUUUUAUAAAUAUGUGUUUCGUUUACUUUUUGUAUGUCUUUAUUUGCGACUUUAAUAAAUACCAAAUAUAAUCAUACUUCAUAA